AGAGGUUAUUUGUGCUGAAUUAGAGGGCACGGGGCAGAGAGCAUAUAUAGGGUGUAUGCGAGGGCACGCCAGAAGGGGAGGGUGCUGUGAGUGUGGCGGGCAUGAGGCAGUUACACUCAUUGUGGCUGGAGGCCGUGUGGGAGGUUGAUUAAGAUGCGUUGGAGGACGUGCAUGUUGGGUUGAUUAUUUAGAAUAUGUUAGGGGACAUAUGAUUCUGAAGUCGCUUGGGGUGGUAUUUGGAGUGUGUUCUAGAGAAUUUGUAGGAUGGGGAUCUUGCUCACGGUGUGGUCACACCCUUAGGGGGUGGAGAAAACUGAGUAGAACUGUGUGGUGAAAGAAAGGCAUGUGUAUUUCCUAAGUUGUCCUCCACAUCUGCAUGUGAGUGUUGAGCCAAGAGCCCGCUGUGACCCCUCCAGUAUUACCUUUCAUUUAUAUCUGCAGGAUGGAUCAAGACUAACAUCUCCCUGAAACCUAGAAUUGCAGUGUAGGAGUAAAAGCAUCAUCUGCAAUGGAGGAAGUGACAAGUCCUCAGUCUUCUGUGGCUUUUGAAUCAGAAAUCAACCUUGAAAUCUUGGAGAGCAGUUCUCCUGCCUCUUGUUUGGAUGACAAAGAUCACAUCAGUGAGGAUAUCCUGAGAAAUCUUAGGCCAACAAGCAAGGAGUUCAAGAAAACCUGGGGAUUUCGCAAAACUACCAUAGCCAAGCGUGAGGUAGUAAGUGACGCAGACAUGGAGGCUGCUGAAUCUGCUCUGCAACCCGUUCCCUCACUUCGUCGCAGUGGGCGACAGCCUAAGCGCACAGAGAGGGUGGAAGAGUUUCUUACAACAGUCAGACGGAACAGGAACCGGAGAAGCAACACUGUUGAAGACUCUAGUGAUAGGUCGUGUCCAGUAACUGAUGCGGAAACCGCAUCAGAAGGUAGUGUGGAAAGCACACCAGAUAUAAAGUCUGAUACAAACAUCAAAUGUAGCUCAUCUAAAGUUGAAGUUAAAAAAGAAGAGGAAGACAGUUCGGACAGUGAUGGAAUGACUCUCAAAGAGCUUCAGGUCAGACUGAGAAGCAGGCGCUCUGAUAAUCCUACAUCUGAAAUGGAACAAAUGCAAACUACCAGCACAACAAAUGCAGCACAUCCGAAUGUAUUAGAGGGCGCUGUCCGCACAAGGAGUGCUAAUCGUGCAGCUCUUCUUCAGCAGCUUGCACAAAGUACUCCGGUAAAGCAGGAAGCUUGCAGUGCUGAGCAUACAGAUGACCAGAAACCAGAGGAAAUAAAGGUGUCCCCAAAAAUCAGACCCGAAGCAGAGAAAUAUGACCCAAACGCUCUGUAUUGCAUCUGCCGCCAACCUCACAAUAACAGGUUUAUGAUUUGCUGUGACAGAUGUGAAGAGUGGUUUCAUGGUGAUUGCGUCGGGAUUUCAGAAGUGCGUGGACGAUUGCUGGAGAAGGAUGGAGAGGAUUACAUUUGUCCCAACUGCACUAUAUUGCAAGAGCAUGGAGAAAGUGGCACAGAUAGUGACCAAAGAGAGCAGCCUGCAGGCGAACUAAUUUCAAGUAGUUCUGAAGCCACCAGUACUGUCUCUAUGGAACAGUGUGCUCAUGAUCAGGGUAUCAAGGGCAGAAUUGAGAAGGCUGCAAAUCCCACUGGCAAAAAGAAACUGAAGAUAUUUCAUCCUGUUGAGGUUUCUGAGCCUACUAAGGAGUCUCAUGAGAUUCCUGAGACUACUGAGGUUUCCCAUGAGGAUUCUGUAUGUCCCAAGUCAUCUGAGUCUCCAGAUAUAGCAGCAGGGUGCAUUGGACCAGGCUGUUCAAACUUUGCCCUUCCUGAUUCUGUGUAUUGCGGUCAUGACUGCAUCCUGAAACAUGCUGCAGCAGCAAUGAAAUCUCUUAAUGCAGGCAAAGAAGCCAAACCCAAGGAAAAGGUCAAGGUAAAACCUGAGAAGAAGUCCUCUCCUAAGCCCCAGACACCUGCAAAGCCUCCAGUUGUACAUAAAGCUGCAGCUCUAGAGAAGCAUGAACCUGUAAUGAAGAAGGUCCUGGUGGUGAUUCCUCGGAUGGAGGAUGAAGCCUGCAAUAAAGCAAAGGUGGAAAGUGGCAGCAGUGGUGCGCCUUCCUGGGAGAGUGACCAUAAUUACAUUGCAGUAAAGCCAGAAAAGACUCCUGCCAUUUCAUCUACACUAUUUUACAAAUCUGAGAAAACAGAAGAGCCUCAAAAGAAACCAGAGCCACCAGCACCUCCUGUAAAAAAGUCAGCCCCUUCACCUAGGUCCUUGGCAAUGAAACCAGUAUCUGCUCUACAACGGAUACCGAUGCUAAAGAGGACUUCACCUCCCUCUGCUUCCACCAAAAAGCCAUCAAAGCCACAUGCUGACCACAAUAAAAACAUUGUACCUAUAAAACCCCACCCUGCCACUCUUGCUAUUCGGAAUCUUCCUCCCAUUCCAAAAAAGACUCCACUAUCUAACUCUUCUGAAUCUGGUAUGAAGAAGCCAACCCCCUCCAACUCAUUGCUCAGAACCCCAAAUGCAGCUUCUCCUUCUCAUAAUGCUUCCACAUCAGUAUCCAAUACACCACCAAAGCCGGUGUCCAUUUCCACACAACCAGGACCUAAUUAUCAAAUUCGGCAGAAUAUCCGACGGUCUCUGAAGGAAAUCCUCUUCAAAAGGGUGAAGGAUAGUGAUGAUCUGGUGAUGGCAGAGAAUGAGGUUGCUAGGAUUGCUGUAAACAUUGAAAAAGAAAUGUUCAGCCUUUUUAAAGACACAGAUAACCGGUACAAGAGCAAGUAUCGAAACCUCAUGUUUAACCUGAAGGAUCCAAAAAACCAGGGCCUUUUCCAUAGAGUUCUGCGUGAAGAAAUAUCCCUAGCAAAGCUAGUACGUCUGAAACCUGAAGACCUUGUGUCAAAGAAGAUUUCUUCCUGGAGAGAAACUGUAUCAAAACCGAGUACAGUUCUGAAGUCCAAGUCUCUGAUGGAAAAUAAAACCCCUUCAAGUCAUACAGUUGUAGAUAUGGAAGAAUCCCCUCCCUAUUCUGACACUGACACAGAGCAGCAAGAAGUUGCACGAAUUCCACCACCAGCGAAGACCAGCUCUGUCCUACCAGAUAUAUUCAGCAGUAUGUUAAAUGACACAACAAGCCAGCACCGUGCCCAUCUCUUUGAUCUCAAUUGCAAGAUCUGUACAGGUCAGAUGGCUGCUGAUGAUGAGCCACCAACUAAACGUCACAAAACAAUGACUCCACCUGUAAAGAAAAUAGAAACUAAAACAAAGCCAGAGAUAAUGGAUGAACCACCACCACCACCAGAAGAUAACUCUGAGACGCUUAAAACAAUUAGUGAAAGCAAUGAAACAGUCGUCGAAGUUACGCCUGAGAAAACACAGUUACCCGGUGCUUCCCCCACACACCCUGGGACACUCUUAUCUAGUCAGGGACCUACCCUCCCUCCCUCCAACCCUGUUACCACUGUUACGGUGUCUGGCAGAGACCCCAGAAGAGCUGUAAACCGUCCUCUAGUUUCAGCAUCCACUGCCCCCGACAGCAGUCCUAGAACAGCACCAGACAAUGAGGAAGUCCCAGCACCGCCGCAGCCUCCUCCACUCUUCACUGCUCCCAAGUCAAUCCUGAUGAAGCCAACGACUGACAUCAGAUAUUUAACUUUGCCAAAUGUCAACAUGCCUGAUAGAUCACAACAGGAUGGAGAUACAUCCCUUUUCCUCUCUCGCCUGAAUCCAAUCUGGAAAGGAUUUAUAAAUAUGCAAAAUGUUGCCAAGUUUGUGACAAAGGCCUUCCCCGUGUCUGGGUCUAUCGAGUAUCUAAAUGAGGACUUGCCGGACACAAUCCACAUCGGUGGAAGAAUCUCCCCAAAGACUGUGUGGGAUUAUGUGGGCAAACUAAAAUCCUCUUUGUCAAAGGAGCUGUCCUUGAUCCGUUUUCACCCUGCUACGGAGGAGGAAGAGGUGGCAUACAUUUCCCUUUACUCAUAUUUCAGCAGUCGUGGACGUUUUGGGGUAGUUGCCAAUAAUAACAGGCACAUCAAGGACCUUUACCUUAUCCCAUUGAGUGCAAAGGACCCAAUUCCAUCUAAACUAUUGCCUUUUGAGGGACCAGGUCUCGAAUCGACACGUCCAAACUUGAUCCUGGGAUUGGUAAUUUGUCAGAGAAAUAAACGUCCAGCUACUAGUGAGCUAGAAAAGAAUGAAGACAAGCGAUUAAAAGCUCCAAGUCAGGAAGAGAUGGACAUCUUAAAUUUUACAAAACCACCUGUCGCCAGUCAAGCAGAGAAGAAGCCUCAGAAACAUUUAUUAUAUUCAAGUGAGCCAAUUAAAAGUACCACACCACCAGGAUCACCACCAAUUGUAGAACCAGUUCUAAAAGUAACCCCUUCUGUUCUUACAUUACCAUCUGUUAUCUCUGCAACCAGCAUGCCAGUCAGUUCACCACCACCAGCUGAGCGUUUGGGAUCAUCAGCAAAGAGUGCGACCCCACUGGACCACAUUUUGAAGACACUCUUUGGAAAAACAUCUGAAAGUAAAUAUGAGAAUUCAAGCUCUGCUGCUGUUACUAGUAAUACCACUGUAGAGACUGUAGUAGAGAGAGGAUUUGUGGACCCUAUUGUGCAACAGUUUGGCCAGAUGUCUAAGGAUAAAGCUUUGGAGGAGGAGGAUGAUAGACCAUAUGACCCAGAAGAAGAAUAUGAUCCAGAAAAAGUUUUUGAUACUACAGUAGUUGUUGACAAUAAUGAAACACCAUAUGAACCAGAGCAGCCAUGUGAAAGUUUAGAUGAUGAAGAGGCUUAUGAUCCAGAGGAUGAGACCAUUUUAGAAGAGGCAAAAGUCCCAGUUGAAGACUUGCCCAAUAAGAUGUCUGCUGCAAGUAAAAUAAAAUCUGCAGAACUGGUGCCUAGUAUUCCUGAUUCUCCAUCCCUCCUGGAACAGCAAAAAAUGUUAGAGGAACUAAACAAGCAAAUAGAAGAACAAAAGAGACAACUUGAGGAACAGGAAGAAGCCCUCAGACAACAAAGAGCAGCUGUAGGUGUCUCUAUGGCACAUUUCUCAGUGUCAGACGCUUUGAUGUCACCUCCUCCAAAAUCUUCUCUAACAAAGAGUGAUUUGUUUCAAAGAGAGCCAAGUAAUAUGAAUGCUAAUACAAGUACAAAUUUAGAGCAAUUCCUAAUUCAUAACAGAGAUCCAAGGCAAGCAAGAGAUCCUCGACAUGCAGCAGCUAAAAUAGUGCAGUCAGAUUCUGAAGAUGUUCCCAUGCAGUUACAAAGUGAAAAACCAUCAUCGUCCGCUGAAAUUAUUGUGUCUAAUCCAGUAGUCAAGCAAUUUGACAGCAUGCAGGAUGAUAAGCCUGUAGCUAGUAUGGAAAUUGACACACAAAUUAAUCAAAAGCCAAAGGAAAGCACGCUGGAAAAGCAGGAAGACGUAUGGCAUAACACCAAUGAUGCUGUUACAUCUGAAACUACUUUGAGCACAUCAAAACCAACACGCAAAGUGCUAUUGCCAACACCUGUGUCUAAUGUUCCGUUACUUCAAGCUGCUGAAAAUAAAUAUUUUCCUUCUCAAGAACCAGCAUGGGCUACUGAAACUCAAAACUUUGACCCUCAAAAGACAAAAGCUAAUCUUUCUGGUCUGAUAGCUACACCUCUAGACAAUCGUUCUGAUCACUUUGAACCAGAAAAAGAAGUAAUGUUUGCACUUAAAGACCAAAUUAAUAGUCAAGCCGUUCCCUUCACAGAGCAUAAAAUUCCAGUAAUAUCUCAGGAAGAUAAUAAGCAUGGGCCAUCUUUUCCAAUUAGUUCUAUAUUAGGGCCACCACAACAUGACGUUUCACCAGUGCUUGGUGAGCAAAGACCAAUGCCUGUGCCUAAUCACCCAGGAAUGAGGUCAUCCCCUAUUUCUCCUGAGGAAAACUGUCCAAAUAACUUGGAUGCAUACAGAGGUAUGCAACCGGAAACUGUGGAGCAAAAAGGGCCUGGGUCUUUGCCUCCACAAUUAGGUAUUCCACCCCCUCAUUCAUUUGGGGAUAGAGGACUUCUUCCUCCCUUUACUCAAAAAGGACAGUCACCUCCUAGAUUUGAGAGACAAAAUAGUCCACAUUUAGAAUUUAAGGAUCCUCAUUUUGGUGGCCCAAGUGAUGGCCGACUUAGGUUUGAAGGCCCAAGGGGACUCAUACCAGCUCCAUUUAUGGUUCGAGGACAGUCAUUUAGUUUUGAUGGUGCUCACAGACCCCCACCAUCUCAGUUUAAAACUCCUAUAGGUACUCCAAUUCAGCCAGCGUUUGGUGGACUUAGAGAACCUGCACCCACACAUUUUAAUGUGCCUAGAGGACCACAUCCAAAUGAAUUUGAUGUUUUACGAGGCUCCGUUCCAAGUCAUUACAGUGCACCAAGGGGCCCCCCACCACCUCAACUUGAGGAUCCAAAUAAAAACUCACCACCCUUAUUUCCCAAUCAACGAGGCCCCAUUCCUCUACUGUAUGGUGGACAACGUGGGCCUUUACCUUCUAGGUUUUCUGAAGAUUCUGAACAGAUCAUGAGAUCUCAGCCUCGUCCCUUGCUUGAACUCCCAACUAUUCCUCCUCCACAGAGGAGUGAAGGUUGGAACAAACUUAGCACACCAGAUUCACGUCAAAAAUAUGCAGACCAUAGACAAGAACCAGAACAACAAUGGGAGUCUAGCAACUUCAGACAAAAUAAGGACCAUAGAGCUCAAGGCUUUCAGGGUAGAGCUCGAAACUAUGAGGGUCGCAAUAACCCAGAAGCAUCUGAGCAUACACCAAAUCCAGGAUUUGAAGACCGACAUAGGGAAAAAGAACAUGAUGCCCAGUGGGAUAGAGAGAGGAGCAGGAACUGGAAUAGAGAAAGAUCUCGAGAUUAUGAACGGCCAAGAACAAGAGAACCAAAUCGAGACUGGGAGAAAAAUAGAGAUCGAGAUGGGGAUAAAGAUACGGAAAAGAGAGAAUUAGAUAGAAAUAGAGACAGGGAUAGGGAAAGAAACAGGGAAAGGGACAGAGACAGGCCUAGGGAGAGAGAUGGGGAUAAAGAUAGAGAGAGAGACAGAGAAAGGGAUAGAGAACGAGAGAGAGAGCGGACACGAGACCGUGACAGGGAUUCAUAUAAACGUAGAGAGAGAUCUAGGAGCAGGGACCGGGAUAGAGACCGAGACAGAUCAAGAAGCAGAGACAGGGAGAGGGAAAGAGAUAGAGACAAAGGCCGUGAGAGAGACAGAGACCGGGACAGAACAAGAGACCGUGAAAGGGAUAGAGAACGAGGAAAAGAUCGCAUGGUUCGCAGUAAAAGCAGAGAGAACAACAAAGACUCUAAAUCUGAACGAUCUAAAGACACUUCUAAGAGCAUGGCAACAGAGCCUACUAAUCUGAGUCAUACGUGAUGGACUUUUCAAGGGAUUGAAACAUGUAUGAUGAACUGUAAAAAUAUGUAUAUAAAUAUUCUAAUUUUAUUUUAUAUAAAUAUCCCUUAAAAGGACACGUUUUCCUUUCAAAAGUGUUUACCAAACACACGGGUAUACAAAUACUGUAAGAACAGCAUCAUGUUGGUGUCUCUUUACACAAAAAAGAUUGUUUUUUUACGUGCUCACACAUACACCCACCUGGUAUCCAUUUGUAAAUUGGUACUUACUAAGAGCAGAUUGCUUUUUAAAGAGUAUUUCUAGUUCUGUUUUCCAGUGACAUAGUGUAAUUUUUUAAGAAGGGUUCAGCUCCAAUGAGUGGAGCCAUGCACUGUAAAUAUUAGUGUAACUGUAGACUGUAUUACAUGACGUUAUGGUAUAGCAUUUAACAAAAAAUUGUCACUGUGGGUUGCUGUUAUACAAUGGAACAGUCUGUAAAAGAUGGUUAAAAAUACAAAUUUAAUGUAAUGUAGAAAUGUUACCAGAGAUGCUCUCUAAAAUUUAUUAAAGCUGUUUAACGUUUGAUGCCACUAACCAAAGAAUUCUCAAAUAUAUGUAGUCUACCCAUAAAAUGAACUGCAAACACAAAACUCAAUAGUCAUGCAGUUCAGACCUUUUUAUAUUUUAUUUUUAUUAGCUCCUUAUAAAACAGAUCUUAUUUGUUCUUAAAAAUAAUGGCCAGCAUGUGUGCAAUCAGCUAGUAGUGAUAUGGAAAGAGGAUGUUGGAUUGAUUGUACAUUAAUUUACUUGAAUUUGAAUUCUUUGAUUCACCCACACCCCACUAAAAUGCUGUUUUCAAUUCAGAAACUUAGUUUUCUGGAAUGAUACUGAAAUGUACACACCUUAAAAUGCAUCUAUCCCUUAGGUAAGUCCUUGCAAAAGAGACUGUAUACAUAUGACGUGUUAUCUGUCCUAGAAAUAUACCCUGGCAUAGGAACAACGGUAACCUUUAUACUCAUGAGCUAGAUGACCUAGAAAUAUUUCUGAGUUAAAGCUCUACAUUCAAGAAUGGAAAGUGCUUGUUUAGUAUUUCUAUAAAUUUGCAUUUUUAUGGCAAAAAAAUCAAUGUACAAUGAAGUUGUAAAAUGUAAAUUUUUUUGUAAGUAGAAUAAAUCUACAACGGUUAA